UCGCUCUCUCAUCACUACACUCUCUUUCCACAGACCACGUCUCUUACUCAACUCGACCCUAUUUCGUAAUAUUCCAAACUCUCAUUCUUUCUCUCACACACAGCACAUACACAUACACAUACCAUGGGAAAAGAUUACUACAACAUCCUCGGUGUAUCAAAGGAUGCAGACGAAGACCAAAUCAAGAAGGCAUACCGCAAGCUCGCCCUCAAAUAUCACCCCGACAAGAACUCAGCUCCCGAGGCCAAGAAAAAGUUCCAUGACAUCUCCGAGGCCUAUGAGGUCCUGAGCGACAAGAACAAGCGCGCCGUCUUUGAUCAAUUUGGUGAAGAAGGUCUCAAGGGUGGUGGAGGUGCCGGUGGCCCUGGAGGCCCCGGUGACGCUGGUGGCUUCCCUGGUGGAUUCAGUGGCUUCCCCGGUGGUGGCGGCGGUGGACACACCUUCACCUUCACUUCUGGUCCCGGAGGCAUGGGCGGUGGUGGAUUCAGACCCACGGACGCAGAGGACAUCUUCAAGCAAUUCUUCUCCUCCUUUGGCGGCGGCGGCAUGCCAGGUAUGGGAAAUAUGGGAGGUAUGGGAGGCAUGCCCGGUAUGGGAGGAGCACGAUCCCGCGCACAGCAGCAGCAGCAGCAGCAGCAAUCCGCGCCCGAGAAGCCACCAGCGCUGGUUCGCACGUUGGCCGUCUCGCUCGAGGACCUGGCAAAGGGUGUUACCAAGCGCCUCAAGGUCACCCGCAAGGUCCGCGAUGGAUCAGGACGAUCUGCAGAUAAGAUCCUCACGGUCGAUGUCAAGCCCGGCUGGAAGGCUGGUACCAAGAUCCGCUUCCCCAACGAAGGAGAUGAGUACCCGAACGGAACCACACAGGAUAUUGAGUUUGUGCUGGAGGAGAAACCACACCCAGUGUUCACUCGACGUGGCGAUGACUUGAUUGUCGAGCUGGAGCUGACGCUACUGGAGGCCCUGACAGGAUUUUCAAAGACGGUCAAGACACUCGACGGACGGACGCUGCCUGUCUCCGCCAGUGGCUCAAGGGUGAUCCAGCCCAGCCAAGAAGAAAAAUUUCCAGGCGAGGGCAUGCCGAUCUCGAAGAAGCCAGGGCAGAAGGGCGAUCUUAUUGUGCGCUUUGUGGUCAAGUUCCCAACGCAGCUCACACCUGCGCAGAAGGAGGGCCUCAAGAAGAUCCUUGCAUAAGACAGCCACCACGAUACACUCUAUCAUCCCGAACUCCAUCACCUUGUUCCUCCAUCAUUUUUUUGCUCCUUCAGCUUCAGCCUCUACACAUCCCUCUCCAACUCUUUGUACAAACGUCCCGUGUAAAUAAUAACGAAAGCGCGAAUAAAAAAAAGACAGAAAAGUAGUGGUUUUUUUUUUU